AUACCAUAAACAAACUGUCUUUCCUGUCAACUCGAACGACUGCUUUCUCCUUCGUUUCAGGUUAUUGCGACUGUGAAAACCAAAUUAAAACUGUCUCUUGUAUAGCCACGUUUUGUCGUGUGAAGCAGCUGGACCACACUCUCGGUGUGUGUAACCCGGAGGAGGACGUAUUUUUUUUUUAGGCUAGACAGAUAUUUUUGCUGAUUGCAUUGACUGCAGCUGUACGAGAAGAAAUUAUGUCUGAUUUAAUUCUGGUGCUCUUAUUAGUCGUGCUCCUGGUGUGUUUGAUUGUGACAGUUGGUGGCUUCCUGCUAUACUCGGGAAUACUGUGUGAUGUGAUUAUAAAGACUGGGCCACCUCCUGUCAAAAGUGUUACCAUUGCUUAUAAGUUCAGAGAGGGAUCAUACAAGGACUGCGGUGCAGCCUACACAGAGAGCUGCAGCAUUGGGCCACAGCUGAGCACCGUCGGUGUCUUCUACGAUGACCCCAAGCAGAGGCCAGCAGAGAAAUGUCGCUACGUGGUGGGCAGUGUCCUGUGUGAGGGUGAAGAGAAGCCAGACGAAGAACUGCAGAAGAUGUAUGAGAAGUUUGGCUUCAAGGUGUUUUCUCUACCUGAAGUGAGCCACGCUGUGACCACCAGCUUCCCCUGCUCCACCCCUUUGUCUCACGUGCUGGGACCUUACAGGGUCUACCCCAGGCUCGCUUCCUACAUUGAGGAGAGGAAGCUGUGUGCAUUCCCAACCAUUGAGAUCUGUAGCUCAGAUGUCAUCAACUAUAUGGUUCCACUGUCUCGCCAGACUGACUUCUUUGUUCCAGAGAUGAAGGAGGAGGUUACAACAGAUGUUAAAGAAGAAGACUCUGACGAGGACAGAGGAACUGACAUUACAGGUGCAGACUCCCACAGUGAUGUGAGUUCAGUGAGCGGCGGCGUGCCCUGGGACAGCAGAGAGACAUCCCUGGCUGCUUCCACAGCCGCCUCCCUGGCAUCUUCCCUGCCUCUGAGAGACGUAAUGGAUGCAAAUGAAGAUAUUAAGCACAGGGACAACAGCGAGAGGGGCUCAAACGAGUCAAUGGGCAGCGGCUCGUCCUUUGAGGAGCUUGACAUGGAUCAGGAGGAGCAGGAGGCAGGAGAAGAGCGGGAAGAGAAAGGAGAUGGAGAAGAGGCGGAGGUCCCUGAGGGUGAAGACGGAGCAAGAGAAGCAGUGGAACUGGUGGCUGAGAAGAAGGAACCCUUGGGGGAAGGAGAGGAGUAGGGAGGAUGCUGAAGAGAAAAGAGAUGAGGCCAUGUAACACCGGCAUGCUAGAGAGUUUCUCAGUUGUCGCUGGUUAUCUGUCAUGUAAUCUUGUUGGUGGAUCUAAAGCUGUUUAUGCCGUGACCAACAUGCCGUAUCUCUGCGCCUUCUAAUUCUCUUUUUGAAGCCUGUACCAUGUUAUACUGUAAUCUCAUUUUUUUUUUUUUUUUUUUUUUUUUUUAUAAUUACUGAUCCUAUAUUUAAACUCUGUCAGGAUACAACAGACAGUUCAUUUGGUUAAGUCUUCUUGGGUAAACCUAAUUUUCUCUGCACAUAGUGUGUGGCAAAUGAGAGGCAAGAUUUGUUUAACUAUAUAUUUCAUUUCAAACUGUAAUCCUGUGUGAAUCGCCACCAUUCCUUGUGACACUUCAGUUUAAGAUUAACAUCAGAUGAAGGACAUUGACGCCAGCUAUCCUGGAUCAUCAUACAGCAUCUUUUUGCCCAUGUGUAACAGUUGAUAUUGUACCCCACUUCCCAUGUCCUGACGAUUUGUCUGUAAUGUGUUGGUGUGCAUUACCCGACUUUGGUGUCUCGAUAUCCAGUAACGAUGGGGUGAAAAUGUGCAGGACCUAAUGCCGUAAAAAUAUUGACAGACCUACUGUAUUUCAGUGUGUUGUUUAAAAAAAAAAGAAAAUCCAAUGUGGAGAAUAUCUAUCACACAGGGGAUAAUUCAGAAGUCUGAGGCAGAAAGAACUUUUAUCAACACCAGUAACAUCACCAAAGCCUUCAAGUCACCAGGACUAUGAAUUACAGUAAAAUGCAAUUCAAAGAUGCAAACUUUUCCCCUUGGAUACUGUACAGAACAUUUUAUUGUCACCCUGUUGCUCAGAUAACUGCUUUAGAUUUUAACGUGAUAUUCUCUUCUAUAGUCGAUACAGUUUACAGUUCUGUUUGUAGCCAAAAUUCACUCUUUUCCAGAGACUAGUUGUGAUAUGUUCGUAGGUUGAAAUUGUUGGUGCUGUGAGACAUUGGAAGUAAUGUUCAGCACAUUGCCGUGGUUGUGUCUUUCUGUCUGUAAUAAAAUUUUCCAAUGAAAAGUUAA